AUGAACACCUAUUCCAACACGCCCUGGGACGCCCUUGAGAUAGGCAUGGAGGCGUCCGCCAAGCGCCUCUGCCGCGCCGAGGAUUUUCUCGUCUACGCGUCUUCUUCGGGCAAUCACAAUCCGGUUCACCUGCCCAAGGGAGACCAUGACGGCGACGGCGAGGCCGAUGAGCCGAUCGCUCCCUCCAUGUGGGUGGCUUCGCUGAUAUCGGCGGUGCUCGGCAACCAGUUGCCCGGCCCGGGAACGCUCUACAAAGGCCAGAAUUUGCGCUUUCUGGGCCGCGCCCAUGCCGGCGACGAACUGACCGUCACGAUCCGGCUAGCCAAGAAGAAACCCGAACUCCUGGCAGUCUUCGCGACAACGGUGACCAAGGCGGACGGCGCGCCGAUCGUCGAGGGCGAGGCGACGGUCAUCGCGCCGAAGACGAAACUGAGUUUCGCCGCCGACGACCUGCCCGGCCUGACCGUGCAGCGGCACGUCCAUUUCGACAGGCUGCUUGAGCUGGCCGAACCGCUGCCCGCUCUGCCCACCGCCGUUGUCUGCCCGGACGAUCCCAAGUCGCUUGGCGGCGCGCUGCUGGCCGCCGAACACACUCUGAUCGUGCCGAUCCUCGUCGGCGACGAGAAGAAGAUCCGCGAAACGGGCGUCGAAAUGGGCGUCGAUCUGCACCCGUUCGAGAUCAUCGACGCGCCGACCGAUUCGGUCGCGGCGGCCCGUGCCGUCCAGCUCGUCCACGAGGGCCGUGCCGGCGCUGUCAUGAAGGGCCAUCUGCACACGGACGACCUUCUGCGCGCCAUCGUCAAAUCCGACGGCGGCCUGCGAACAAGGCGGCGCCUCAGCCACGUCUUCUGCAUGGAUGUGCCCGGCCUCGAUCAUCUGCUGAUGAUCACCGAUGCGGCCAUCAACAUCGCGCCGGAACUGCAUGAGAAGGUCGACAUCAUCCAGAACGCGAUCGAUCUGGGCCGCGCGCUGGGCGUCGAAGUGCCAAAGGUCGCCGUCCUGUCGGCGGUCGAAACGGUCAAUCCCAAGCUGCCAUCGACCAUCGAGGCGGCCGCGCUCGCCAAGAUGGCCGACCGUGGCCAGAUCCGGGGCGGAAUCGUCGACGGUCCGCUCGCCAUGGACAAUGCGGUGGACGAGGAUGCGGCGCGCACCAAGGGCAUCCGCUCGCUGGUCGCCGGCCACGCCGACAUUCUGAUGGCGCCGAACCUGGAAUCGGCCAACAUGAUCGCCAAGCAGCUGACGUUUCUGGCCCAUGCCGAGGCGGGCGGCCUCGUGCUCGGCGCCAAGUGCCCGGUGAUCCUGUCGAGCCGCGCCGAUGACGACAAGGCGCGGCUUGCCUCCUGCGCGUUCGCGGUCUAUGCGCAGGGCGAUGGACCGGCGCUCCGCGCAUCGGGACAAGUGGAGAAUCUGUCGCCCACCCAGCAGACAAGGCUGAUCGUCGAACGCGGUGGGGACAAGCAGGUUGUCGAUAUCGAGGCCAACGACCAUGCCGGCGCGCUUUCCGCGAUUCUCGGUCGGGCGGACGUCCUGUUCGGUGGUUCGACCGUUGCCGGCGUCGGCCACCGUGUCGUCCAUGGCGGCACUGACUUUGUCGCCCCCACUGAACUGACGCCGGAGGUCAUCGGCAAGCUGCGCACGCUCGAGCCGCUCGCCCCCCUGCACCAGCCGCACAAUCUCGACUGCGUCGAGGCGGCCAUCGCCGCCUUUCCGGACGCCGUCCAGAUCGCCUGUUUCGACACGGCGUUCCAUCGCACCCAUCCGUUCGUCAACGACACGUUCGCCCUGCCCCGCAAAUGGUUCGACGAAGGCGUGCGGCGAUAUGGCUUCCACGGCCUGUCCUAUGAGUACAUCGCCUCGGAAAUCGCUCGCACCGAGCCGGACCUUGCGAGCGGACGCGUCGUGAUCGCCCAUCUUGGCAAUGGCGCCUCCAUGUGCGCGGUGCGCGACGGCCUAAGCGUCGGAUCGACCAUGGGCUUCACCGCGCUCGACGGGCUGCCCAUGGGCACGCGCUGCGGCCAGAUCGAUCCGGGCGUGCUGCUCUACAUGAUGCAGCAUCACGGCAUGGACGCCGAUCAGAUCGCCAACCUUCUCUAUCGGGAAAGCGGUCUCAAGGGCCUGUCCGGCCUGACGCAUGACAUGCGCACGCUGGAACAAAGCGACGAUCCGCACGCCCGCGAGGCGAUCGACUAUUUCGUCUUCCGCAUCCGCCGUGAACUGGGCGGCAUGAGCGCGGUGCUCGGCGGGCUCGACGCGCUGAUCUUCACCGGCGGCAUCGGCGAGAACUCGGCACGCAUCAGGCGCGAGGUCUGCGCGGGACAAUAA